AAUAUUGGAAGGUUUUGUUAAUUGGGCCGCAGGGAUCAUGAAUGUGAACUUUAUCCAGAGAUUUCUCGUCACAUAUUCAAUCCACUUUAUUGUGGAAUGUUUUGUUGAUGGCCCUUAAGGUUCCACAAAUGUUAUGGAGGAUCUGCUUGCAGCUGCAAAACAUUAACAUUAAUAGCUGAUGUCUGCCAUAAUAACUUAUGGCAGACAUCAGAAACCAAAAGGGUAAAAGUAGGUAAGUAGCUUCAACUUCAAUCAUUUCCAGUAUUAAUUCAUCCAUUGAGUAUUUAAAUUGGCAGUUGUUCCAAAGUCACCGUAUGAUUUGCACACUUAAUUUAUUCACCGUAUUUUUUAAAUGUAGGUAAAGAUUUAACUAGUAAACAUAUCAGAAUAUCUUUAGCACAUAUUGCAGAGUGUGCGUAUGGAGUUUAGGACCCAGCUAUGGAAAGUGAAUGCUGCCCUCUGGUGGUUUGGAGAUAUCGUUACUCUUUCCGGUUCACUUCAAAUUAAAGCAUUUCCCCAAACCUAAAAGCUUCACCAUUUUAAUAGUUGAUACUCAGUGACUCCUUCGAGUCCAACACAUUAAAAACUACACUCAUGCUGGAAGAACACUAACUUCCCGUUAAAUCCAACAGUGUGUGUAAACCAAAGAACACGACGCUCCCUAGAUAUUAAAGUGUACUUUCAAUCACAAUGUUUGUCUUAUCUGUAAAGCAUACUUGAAUAAAGUAAAGACUUAGGGUAGAAUCUAUUGGUAGUGAAAUGACAGAUUUUGAAGAGGUUAACAACCAAUUUUUAAAUAAUUUAUGGAGAUGGUUUUGACUGUUUUAUUCAAAUUAUUUCUAUGGAACAGUUUCCCCUAGAUUGCAGUUUACCGCCUAAUCUCCAUAAGCUCCCAGGUGUAAACUGAGAACAUGGCACACGGUGAAGAAUUAAGCUCACAACCGGUGAGAGAAACAAAAAAAACAGGAGAAAAAAAUAACUUUUAGUUUAAUUGUGCAAAGAGGUGCCUUACAAUGAGUUCUUUGUGGUUCAUUAAUACCCGCAAUGUGGAGAUGCAAUUAAAAUGAUUGAGUUAAACAUUGUCGUGCACAAGGUCUUUACUAAAAUACAAAAUCUUUCUCUCUUUCGAAAGAAUUUGCCUCUAAUGUUAUGCAGGGGUGGACAAAAACACUUUUCUUUUAUUUAAAUUAAGAGAGGAGUCAAAUACAAAUACUGAGCAUUGGCUUUCCAUAGAAAGUUAGUUUUCUAGAAUUGGGCAGCUGAUCAACUUCACAAAGGUGCAGUGAAACAAUGUGUCUCUUUCCUCGUGUCCCACCCGUAUUUACUGAUAUAUUCCAUGUACUCUAUGACUGACUUGAUUUAGUGCACAUCUUAGUCAGCUUUUUCAUUCCAAAUUCGGGAGUAUUUGGGCACCCUUUACGCACGGCCGGGUCUCCUCCUCCAGGUGCGUGUCUGUGACACACCUGGAGAGACUCCAGAGCACCGGCUCCACAGCCAUGUCGCUGCUCGGUCCACACGGUGAUUUGACGCCGUCCGACCUGCAUUACGCGCCAUGAACGUCACGCGGGGUUUGCUGACGGUCCUGAGCCUGCUGUGCCACACCGAGUCGAGAUGCUCGCCGACGUCGUAUUAUAAGAACUGCUGGAUUCGACGAUUUCCCGGGAUCUUCAUCGACAUCGAGGAGUCGCAGCGGCGAGGAGCGCAGCUCCUGAGGUUCCACCAGGAGGAGACUGCGCUGAAAUGCAGCCGCGCCUGUUGCCUCACGAGGAACUUUUCCUGUAAUCUGGCCAUAUUUCACUACGACACCACCCAAGAGAAUUGCUUCCACCUGCGCUGUCCCACCGCGGAGAGCUGUGUUCUCCGCCACAGAGGCAACGUCGUUCUGUAUAAUAUCACAAAGGGCGUGGAUCCCGACCUGUUGGUGUUCGGGAAGCACUUCACCUCCAACGUACGCGUGUUACCCCACCACUACGGCCGAGGAAACGCCUCGGAGCCACUGCCCUCUGACAAACGCCACUUCGUCCACCCUCCUCCGGCCCCCGCGCCGCCUCCCACCUCAGCAGCCACCGUUCAAAGCCCCACCACCUCCACCCUGACGCAGCACAGCGCCGCUCAGCCGCCAGCCCUUCACGCAAUGACUGUUCACGUAUCCUCAACUUCAGGGACCGAUGCACAAACAACAACAACAACAACAGCAGCAGCAGCAGCAGCAGCAGCAGCAGCCGCCUCCACCACUUCGCUGGCCCCCAGCUUUGCCACGCCUCCUUCCUCCAGCGCAGCAAACACCGUCGGCUCUUUCGAUCCCAAAACCUCUGCGGCCUCUUAUGGCGACCCCCCCGCCCACCGUGACACCACCAGCUCCUCUCAGCCGGCCUCCGGACCCCCGGCUUCCCUGGCCCCCGUGGCCAGUACAGAGAGCGCUAAGGCCGGUCCCGGGUGGAACCACACUGCGGGCAGUGGCGAGGGUCACGGGGUCAGUGGGGAGGGGGGAGCCGGCUGGCAGGCCGCCGCUCACACCUUGCUGGUCGCGGGGGCCGUCUGCGUCACAGUGGUGCUGGGCUGCUGCUGCUGCUGCUCCGGUGUGCUGCUGGUGAGCUGGAGGGGUCAGAGGAAGCGGAUGGGAUGGUACCGGACGUCGCGGCGAGGAACACCAGGCUCCAUGCGCCUCAUCAAAUACGUUCUGGUCAGAGAGAACACCUGAAGAAGACGGGACUGACUUUUCUCUUUUGCUUUAAUGAGGGAAUCCAGGGUGAAGAGACAUUUCAUUGACAUGAAUUAGAAUUCAUAUAUUUUUGUAAAAGAAUUGAUUAUUUAAUGGAAAGAACAAGGAUGGAAUUGCUUUAUUUGUAGCUGAUACAGAUGAAAAUACGUUAUUGUUAACUGAUGCAUUGCUCUGUAUAUUUAGGGUGAGACGACCAUCGGGGGAUUCUACUUCAAGACUAGUGGAGAGAAAACCUACAAAAUAGUUUCCACGCUUCUCUAUUCACCCGUAACUCACCAAGACGUCAUUCCAAAAGACAUUUAGUACCAAUAAGAAGUGUAAGUAAUCAACUAUUUUUAUCCCAUCUGUAGCAUAUUGCAAAUUACAGAUUUUGAAUUGUUUUCUUUACCCCAAAAAUUAGAUUUCAUCCACACAAUUAGUCUCACACUCAUAUGCUUCACCUUCCGGUUUUAUCUAUGAUGUUUUUCAUAUAUCAUUCAUGACCUGAUGAAGGAAACAUUGUUUUAUUGUUGUGAUAAACGAUUAUCUGAAACCCCAUCACUAAAAUCCUUCAACGUGUCACUAAAUGAAAUCACAUUGAAACUGGCUUCAUCCAGUUCGGUUUAUGUAUAAACGUAUUUGAUUCCGUAUUACAACAUAAUUUGUCUUAACGUAAGUAAUCGACUGGGGUUUUGUUUAGUGUCCCCAGUCAACAGGCCCUGUGUGUCCUUGAAGGGAUUACCCAAUAAGUUCUAUGAUUUAGGUUUCUAUAAUGAUGCUUUGUGACAUAA